UUCGAACCUCCUUUUUUCGCGUCGCAGCAAAACACAGUCAUCGUAUCUGUCCCGUUCGACUAUCUUAACUGCCCACGAGUCCAAUUGGUCAUUCCGCAAUGUCCACCACGACUGCAGUCGAUCCUCCGGCCGCUAAGAAGCGCGGACGCCCCAGGAAAGUGGUUGCGGACGAUGCGAGGACAGUACCGGUAGUAGUAGCAGCAGAGGCGAAGAAGGCGGGGGCGAAGAAGGAUUCUUCAAAGGCGACGAAAGAUGUCGAGGCAAAGAAGAAGCCAGCAGCAGCAACAGCAGCAAAGACCCCGAAAGCCGCAGUUGUGAAGAAGAAGGACGAUGCGCCGAAGCCAACCACAACACCAAGACAAGCUUCGCCAAUCACACCUACAACGAGCAAGAUAUUAGAACAAGUCCGCGCCACAGGGACAUUGAAGUCUGUGUCCGCGACACCACCUACGCCGACGAAAAAGGCCGCAAGCCAAAACGUCGACAAGACCGUUUCUUCGCAACUGAAAACAUCACCGCCGAAGACCACACCCUCACAAAUAACCCCGGCGACACCUACAAGCAGCACCCGUACACCCGCUGCAAACCCUGAGGCAGCGCCUGUAAAGCCCACAAUCUCACCUCCGUCACCCACAGCGCCCAUAACACCCACCCCCGCCACCACCACCACUGCUGCUGCUACGCCCAAACCCCUUCUCCCCACACGCCCAACAACAAUCCCCCUCCCGCGCAACCCCCUACCCGCCCCGUCACCUUCUACUCACCAACCCCCAAAACCAAACCUCUCCUUCGCCAAACCCGCGCCCGCAGCGCCCCGCCCACCACCUCCUCAUCCGUCAAACUCCAACCCCUAUCCCUAUCCCUCUUAUGGCGCAAGAUCGAAACCACACACGGCCACGCGCUUCAUCGAGCCCACGCCCGAUAUCCGCUUACCGGCCAAGUACAAGCCAGCCGCGCGACGGGUGACGGCGAUUAUAGUGGGGAUACCGUUUAUUAUUGUCGUGGGGUAUGAGCUGUAUCAGCGGUGGAGGGGGGAGAUUAGGCGGAAGUGGGAUGAGGGGGGGCGUAGGGUAUGAUUCAUGUAUAUAAG